AAGAAGCACGCAGGCUUCAGAGGAUUAUCACACGACGGGCCCCGUCAAGUCUCUGCAAAUUGGGGCCCGUUCCCUCUGUCAGAGCCCCGCCCCCCCCUGGAUUGGGGACAGGGCAGGAAAACCCGAAUUGGAAGAACUCCUUGAUCCAUCCCUUUCACACCGAUCGAACCACUCUGUUCUUAGCCUGACUUGCGUUGUGGAUACUCACAAUCUAAAUCUUCAAUGGCUGAGGAGUGGUGACAUUUUUGAGAGGAUCAUUGACGAGUCCUUUGGCGAGGAGAAUCUCUCCUUUUUGCGUUCAGUCCCUUGGCUAUCAUUCAUUCAUCUCAUCUCGGUCUCCUGUAGGGGGCAAAACCAAGGGAGGAAGGGCAAAACCAAGGCCAGAAGGGUCAAAACCAAGGCCAGGAAGGGCAAAGCAAAGCUAGAAGGGUCAAAGCCAAGGCUAGGAAGGGCAAGCCAGGCCAGAGGGCCAAAGCCAAGGCCAGGAAGGGCAAAACCACGGCCAGGAAGGGAAAACCAAGGCCAGAAGGGCAACCCAAGGCCAGGAAGGGCAAAACCAAGGCCAGGAAGGGCAAAACCAAGGCCAGGAAGUCAACCAAGGCUAGGAAGGGCAAAGCCAAGGCUAGGACAGGGCAAAGCCAGGCAGGAGGGCAAAGCAGGCCAGGAAGGGCCCAGCCAGGCCAUGAAGGGCAAAAACCAGGCCAGGAAGGGCAAAGCCAAGGGCCAGGAGGUCACAGCCAAGGCCAGGCAUGGCCAAGCCAAGGCUAGGAAGGGCAAAGCCAAGGCCAGGAAGGGCAAAACCAGUCCAGGAAGGGCAAAAACCAAUGGCCGGAAGGGCAAAGCCAAGGCCAGAAAAGGUCAAAGCAAGGCUAGGGGGGCAAAGCAAAAAAAGGCCAGAAGGGCAACCCGCAUGCCAGUAAAUUUCAAAAACACCCCUGCCCCUUCCUCUUGGGGGCCUUUUCCACGUACCGGCCGUUCUUGCCUAGAAUCCGGUUGGUCCCACGUACUGGCCGGGGUGAAGGUGUUCGUGUCCAGGACUCCUCUGGUCCCUGGCAAAGCCAAGGCCAGGAAGGCCAAACCAAUGCCAGGAAGGCAAACCAGGCCUAGAAGAGGGCCAAGCCAACGGCCAGGAAGGGGCACAACAAGGCCCGGAAGGGCAACGCCCAAGGCCAGGAAAGUGGAGGGGGCAAAAACCAAGCCAGGAAGGGCACACCAAGGCCAGAAGGGCAAAGCCAAGGCCAGGAGGCAAAACCAAUGCCAGGAAUGGCAAAGCCAAGGCCAGGCAGGGGCAAAACCGAAGGCCAUGAAGGGCAAAGCCAAGGCCAGGAAGGGCAAAACCAAGGCCAGGGGGAAGGGCAAAAAAACAAGGCCAGGAAGGGCAAAGCCAAGGCCACAGGAAGGGCAAAACCAGGCCAGGAGGGCAAAGCCAAGGCCAGGAGGAAAGGGCAAAACCAAGGGCAGGAAGGGCAAAGCCAAGGCCAGGAAGGGCAAACCCAAGGGCCAGGCAGGGCAAAGCCAAGCCAGGAGGGGCAAAACCCAGCGCCCGGCCGGCCGCACCAGCCAAGCGACCUAA